AUGAAGUUCGGGAAGAGAUUGAAGCAACAGAUUCAAGAGACCUUGCCUGGGUGGCGAGACAAGUUUUUAUCGUACAAGGAUUUGAAGAAGCUUGUUCGGUUGAUUUCUUCAGCUCCACCGUUGUUGAAUGGAUCACUGGAGUAUGGGAGGGCUGAAGCUGAGUUUGUGUAUUUGUUGAACAAUGAGAUUGAGAAAUUCAAUGGGUUUUUCAUGGAGCAAGAAGAGGAUUUCAUUAUCCGGAAUAAGGAGUUGCAACAGAGGAUCCAGAGAGUGAUCCAGAUAUGGGGGCCGAAUGGGAGUAAACCAUCAGAGGCAGAUUAUGAAGAGGAGAUGGCACGGACCAGAAAAGAUAUUGUCAAUUUCCAUGGAGAAAUG